AUGCGAGAUUUAAUGAAACAAAUGACAUUUGCCGAACAAGUUGCUGCUAGCAAUAAUGGAUAUGCACCGAAAUAUGACGAAAAGGCAGCAUCAAGACAAGAAUGGAAAUUUUGGCAAACACAACCCGUACCGACGAUUGGUACAAAAAUUGAUACAAGUAAUAUUGGACCUAUCGAAUCAAAUAAAUCAAUAGAUGAAUUACGACAAGAGCCAUAUAAAUUACCCGAUGGUUUUUCUUGGGAUGAUAUUGAUAUUCAUGUUGAUGAACAAUUACAGGAAUUGUAUAUGUUCUUGAGCGAAAAUUAUAUCGAAGAUGAUGGUAAUGAUUUUCGAUUGGAGUAUUCCAUGCCAUUUUUACGAUGGGCUUUAUGUGCGCCGGGUUGGCUUCAAAAAUUCCAUGUGGGAGUUCGUGCAACGAAAAGUGGUAAAUUGGUUGGUUUUAUCAGUGCUGUACCAAUUCGAAUGAGAGUUUAUGAUAAGUAA